GAAAUACACAGGUAGGUAGUCAGCCGUGGGAAUGCUGCAUGCUAUCCGGAGAGUUCGCUUUGGAUACCGGGGAGUUGAAUUGCUCAAACACCUGUUAGUGGUCAGCGUUGGUCUUAGCAAAACCAACGUUUAAACCUCUUGGACGGCUGUAUCCUCCUACUCAGCAGAAGACAAAAAGGAUUAUAGACAUGCUUUGACGAAUGUCUGUGGGGUAAUUUACCGUCGAAUAUGCAGUGGGACUAAUGAGAACACGGAAAUGUAACAGGCCUUCUUCUCGCUACAGUGUGUAGGAUGAUGUCAUGGUGAUGGACCAGGACACUCAGUGGCUGUAUCAGCUCCUGGCUGAGGUCCAGCUAGAGCGGUUCUACCUAAGGGUUCGAGACGGACUGAAUGUGACUCGGAUUGAACACCUGAAUUAUGUGAAGGAAUCUGAUCUCGAACAGAUUGGCAUUAGCAAACCAGGACAGCGAAGACUUUGGGAUGCCGUUAAGCGUUACAAGACCAAUGCACGUCCACGCUCAUGGAUGGCCAAGGUGUUCAGCGGUCGUGGCCCUGAGGGGAGCGACCAGUGGAGUGGCAGCGGGCAGGGGCAGGGUCCGGAGAUGGGCCGAGCUCUCACCUGUCUGAUCCAGGACAGCGAGCUGUCACUGGGGGAGAAGCUGGGAUCGGGCUCCUUUGGGGUGGUGAAGAGGGGCGAGUGGCACACCCCAACGGGAAGAGUAAUUCCAGUAGCAGUUAAAUCGUUAAGGAACAGUCUUUCCAGGCAGACGGACACACUGACCGACUUCUUACAGGAGGUCACAGUGAUGCAGUCCCUCGAUCACCCCAACAUCAUUCAUCUCUAUGGUGUGGUUCUUACGCAACCUCUUAAAAUGGUGACCGAGUUGGCCCAGUUGGGCUCCCUGUAUGAUAUGCUGCGCUCGCGUCAGGGUGAGUAUCCACUUGCCCGCCUGUGGCUCUUCAGCACCCAGAUCGCAGCAGGAAUGGAGUACCUGGAGAGCAGGCGUUUCAUCCAUAGAGACCUGGCGGCCCGGAACGUUCUGUUGGCCUCCAGGGAGCUGGUGAAGAUUGGAGACUUUGGUCUGAUGAGGGGCCUGGGGCAGGAUAAGGACCACUAUGUCAUGACCGCACACAAACGCAUCCCUUUUGCCUGGUGUGCUCCAGAGAGUCUGCGAGUGGGCUCUUUCUCCCACGCCUCAGAUGUGUGGAUGUUUGGAGUCACACUCUGGGAGAUGUUCACAUACUGUGAGGAGCCCUGGCUUGGUCUGUCAGGCAGACAGAUUCUCUACCGUGUGGAGAGAGAGGGAGAUCGGCUGGAGCGACCCACAGACUGCCCUCAGGAGCUCUUCACUGUGAUGCGGAAAUGCUGGGCCUGCAACCCUAAUGACCGACCCACCUUUGCGGAGCUCACAACGCUGGUGGCUGAUGCAAAGCCUAUGGAGGUUCGUGUUACUAGGGACUUCACAGAGCACAGAAAACUUAGCCUACUGACCAAUGACUCGGUGACAGUUAUAGACCACGGGCUGGAGCUGAGUGAGUGGAAGGGGCAGAACCAGAGGUCCCUGAGCAUCGGCUGGUUCCCUGCAGCCCUGACCAUCCCUGCCGUCCUCUCGGCCCCGAACCCCUCUGGAGGAGUGCACAUCUCCGGCCCACUGAGGGGAAGCCUCCAGCACACGGGGCACGGCGACACCCAUCCGAGUCGUAGCUGGGGGACACCUGAGCGCCUGGAUGACAGCACAACAUGGAAGGUUCCACUGGCCAAGGAGAAGGAGGGCUCCAACCUACAGAAGAUGUCAGGAAUGUCCCGGAGUUUAGAGUCAGUCCUGGGUUCCCAGCAAAAUAAGGACCGAGGGAGACCAGACGCCCGCAGGCCCCCCAUACCUGCCUCUGUUGCAGGCGGUCACUUUGUUCAGGACCCCCGUCGUUUCAGCGAAGCGAGCAUCGUGCCCCCGCCGCGCCCACCUCCCCCGAACUUCAAACCGUCAAAGUACCCGGUGUUGGUGCGUGACCGUCGGCAUGCCGCAGCCCAAGGCCCGCCGCAGAUGUGGGCUCUGCCCCCACCUCAGCAUCCACAACUACUGCAGCCGCAGCCGCAGCACGGCCCUGGAGGUGGCAACCUGGUCCGAAUGGCCCCCAUGGCUCGGUCAACCCCUCUGCUGGACGACGGUGGCGGUGGCGACAAAGACCGGGAGAAGGAGAGAUCACGAGACAAAUAUCCACCACACGUACAACUGGAUAAGGAAGGAUUAAUCAGACAGGUACUCGAGGCGGUACAUGGAGCGACCAGUGAGGAUGCGCGAGCGGCCUUAUUCAGAAAUGAAUGGAACCCUGUGAGGGCUGAGCAGCAGCUAAAGAUGGAGCAGUUGUACUUCAUGAGCUUGUGUUCUAAAGAGGACUGCUACAGAGUCCUUUCCAGACACAAGUGGGACUUGCAGCAGGCCAGUCGAUUCCUCCUCAGGAUGGCAAAAGAAGGAAGAGUAGAGCGUGUGUAGAAAGUCGGACCAUACCAGUAACGAACAAAUGGA